AUGUGGAAUGGGCAGAAGUUUGCCUGGGAUGAUUUUAGGAGGAGAUUUCCUAAAAGGAAUUUGGGUGGAAGUUUGCCUAAGGGACUUGGGUGGAGGUAUAUGGGUGAUCUUUUUAAGCGAAUGGGAAUGACUGACUGUAAACUGCUUACGACUCCCGCUUCAGUGGCUUGUGUUGCGUCUUCCUCUGGCGAGCUGUUUGACAAUCCCACUCAGUAUAGGCAGUUGGAGCAUUGGGGGUUUCUCAAGCGUGUUUUUCAAUAUGUCAAAGGUACACUAGACUUUGGUUUGCGCCUAUGUGCUUCGAUUUCUUAUGAUAUACAUGCUUUUUCAUAUUCGGAUUGGGCUAGUUGUUCGGUGGAUCGAAAGUGUACCAGUGGUUUCGUAGUGUUUCUAGGCUCUAAUCUUAUUUCCUGGAUGUCUCGCAAGCAACGAACAAUGGCUCGGUCUUCUAUUGAGGAGCUUGCAGAUAUCUUCGCGUUUUGA